CAAUAGGGCGCUCGACAGAACAUGACAGAUGACGGAAUGGUUUCGCCGGUAAAUAUGUCGCGGCCUUGUAACUUGUAAGACAGCGUACGCAGGUUCUCUAGAAUGCGAUGACAGACAAACUCUUCAUUUCCACUACAAAUAGAAAAAAAAAUCUAUAUAUCAACCAAAAUUGAAGAAUAACAAAAGAGACGAAGUGAAAAAGAGGAAAAGUAAUCCAGGUUUUAGGGAACGAAUAACUAAAAAGGGGAAAAAGAAAACAAAGAGAAGAGGAGACGCAACAUGUUGGCUAUUAUUGUGAACGAUAAAUGGGAAUAAGUAUUUAGUCGAAUAAUCCUUGCCGAUUCGCUUGAUUGCUUGAUAUGUCAAGCAACCGCGAUACGGUUCAAUAACCUAACUUAACCUAUAAAACGCGCGAAAGUCGCUGAGGGAUAAAAAAAAGUUUUCGCAGUAUUAAGCAUCGGAACGACGUGAAAAUGUGAUUUCUCGCUCACGGCACCUCUCGUAAGCCUCGCGCUUUCGCGAGGAAGUAAAGAGAGAGAAGAGCGCGAUGGAGAAUUAUUCUGUGCGUAUCAAUUACCCGCAAACCGUUCGUGGAGACCCCAUCGAAGGCUCGUCCACGUCGCAUGACGCUCAGCCGAAGCAGUAUGCGGAUCAUGCGAGGAAACGGGAGGACGUGAUCGUUUUGACGAGCGACACAAAGGGCGGUCUCUUCAAUCCCAGAGCGCUCCUCUUCCUCACCUUGUGGUAUGUCUUCAGCGGAUGUACCUUGUUUCUCAACAAAUACAUACUAUCUUACAUGGAGGGUGAUCCUACUAUUCUGGGUGCUUGUCAAAUGUUGAUGACUGCAAUUUGUGGACUGAUACAAAUGUACUUUCCUUGUGGUAUGUACAAAGCGAGUCCAAGAUUGAUGAGACCUCCUGGAUUUUACAAACAUAUGACACUAGUAGGAUGCACGAGAUUUGCAACGGUAGUUUUAGGUCUAGUAUCGUUAAAUUAUGUAGCUGUAAGUUUCACAGAAACUAUAAAGAGUAGUGCACCACUCUUCACCGUCCUCAUUAGCAGAUAUUUAUUAGGGGAACACACGGGGUUAUAUGUAAAUUUAUCUUUAAUACCAGUAAUGGGUGGACUAGCGUUAUGUUCCAUCAAUGAAAUUAGUUUUGAUCUUAGGGGGUUCAUCGCUGCUAUGGCGACAAAUGUAACUGAAUGUUUGCAAAAUGUGUAUUCAAAGAUGUUGAUCAGUGGUGAUAAUUUCAAAUAUACACCAGCGGAAUUACAGUUUUAUACCAGUUUAGCCUCAAUCGUUGUACAAAUACCAGUAUCGAUAUUGUUGGUCGAUUUACCUACACUUGAGCAUUCCCUGAGUUUUAAAUUAUUCGCGGCAUUUCUCCUUAAUGGAGUGUUUUUCCAUUUCCAAAGCAUCACUGCUUAUGUACUUAUGGACUACAUCAGUCCUGUAACACACAGUGUUGCUAAUACUGCAAAGAGAGCUUUCCUAAUAUGGCUCUCAGUCUUAUUAUUUAAUAAUCCAGUAACGGGAUUAUCAGCACUUGGCACUUCUUCGGUCAUAGCAGGAGUGUUGCUGUACAAUCGAGCACAAGAAUACGACAAGAUGAAUAAAACAAAGUUACGACAUUCAUCAAAGAUCAAUUUACAGUAAGACAACUUUUCGAAGAUAAGAUAAAUAUCUAUGUACAUGUAAAAAGAAAAAUUUAUAUCACUCCAUCAAACCUAUUACAUAUUGGUAGUACAAAUAAUAUUCCCAAAUUUUAUACAGCAAUAUCGCAUUAAGUGAAAAAUGUGGGAUAAUAUAUAUUACUGAUAUCAGAAAUAUAUUAAGACAAAAUAUAUGCUCAAUCGAAAAUUAUGUUUAUCAAUUUUUUGCCAAUUAUAUUGUAAUUUCUGUGAUCUAUCGAAAAGAAAAUGCGUCAUUUUAAGAUGUAAUUGUCUUUGGACUUUAAACAAUAUUUGCACAUAUACAUACCUGAUGCACAUAGGAAACCAAAAGAAAUUGGAAUGAGUGAUGUACAUGUGUCAACAAGUAUUUGAUUAUUGUACUGUAUUAUAUAAUGUUCCUAAUGUAAAUUUGAAAGAACUGUGGA